AUGCCCCAAAAUUUCUAUCAUUCAAUUGUUAUACGUUUAGUGCGGGUUUGUUUUGGAACUGAUAAUAGUCGAACGGAGCUGCGGGAUGUGAACCGGAUCAAUCAGCUAAUUAGACAGUAUCGGAAUUGCACUCGCGUUAAGGGAAAUUUGGAAAUAACUUAUAUACAACGUGAACAUCUGAAUGGAACUGAUUCGGAAAAAUUUUUCAGCUUUUUAGACCAUAUCCAACAGAUCACCGGUUACCUAUUAAUCUAUGCAAAUGAUUUCGAUCGAAUAACACUACAAAAUUUGGAAAUAGUUUGGGGUGAUAAACGGCAUGAUGAUAUAGCAGCAAUAGAUAUAAGUUAUAAUAAGGAACUGAAACAUGUCAACUUACCGAAGUUAAGAAGCAUUGAACGCGGCAGUAUAGUACUGAUGAAUAAUCCUUAUCUAUGUAAUUGGAACACUACCGUAUCCUACAAUGAAAUUCUUGGUAAAGGCAGUAAAUCGCGAGUUCAAUUAAUGAACAAUUUCGAUAAAUGUGAUCAAGUUGAAAGCAAAUGUGCAGAAAAUUGUGGUAAAUAUUGCUGGGGACCGGAUAAAGAUAUGUGUCAGACAGUGUAUCGUGAAAUCUGUCCAAGCGAUUGUCCAUCACAAAUGUGUUAUCAAAGUGAUAACAAAACACAUUGCUGUGACGAGGCAUGCGCAGCGGGUUGCUUUGGUGAAGGAAAAAGUGCUUGCAUCGCUUGUGCUAAAUUAGAGCAAGAUUUGAAAUGUGUAGAGAAGUGUAAUGGAUUGACAGAUUACGAUCCAACAUUGAAAAUGACCGUAAAACAUUCUGAUCCACGAUACACCUAUGAUCGAUAUUGUGUGAAGCAAUGCCCAGAUGAGACGCUUAUCCAAGGGGAAUACUGUGUUAUACAUUGUACGGAAGGUUACUGGCAUGAUCCGGUAAAAAAUACCCGAAUUUGUGAGAAGUGCCAUAAUGGAAUAUGUCCGAAAACUUGCUUAAUGAGUGAGCCAAUAGAUUCGAGUAAUAUUGGAAGUUUGGAAAACUGCACAGUUAUCGAAGGUUUCGUUCAACUUUUACGUCACUCAUUCGAAGCUCAUCGGAAAUUUUUUACGGAUGGGAGACCACCGAUGAAAAUACCAGCAUUAACAGCCAAAAUGUUGGAGGCAUUGAAAAAUGUUAAAAUUAUUACCGAAUAUGUGGAUGUUCAAGCGGCCGAAUUCUCUCCUGCAUCGUUAGGCUUCCUUAGUAAUCUGAGAACCAUCGAAGGACGUAAACUUAGUCUCGAUCAAUUUGCAUUAUUGAUUACCAGCAAUCAAAAUCUGAAAGAGCUUGGACUACGAUCAUUGAAAAGGAUAAAGAAUGGACGUGUGUACAUUGGAAAAAACGAGAAACUUUGUUUUCUAGAUUCGAUAACAGAGCGCUGGAAAGAGAUCAUGCAAAUGGAUAAUAUUUCUUAUUCGGUAGCAAUAAAGAGAAAUGGACAGAAAUGCUCAAAUACUACUAUCUGUGAUGAUAACUGUGAUAAGAGAUAUGGAUGCUGGGGUGAAGGACCAAGAAUGUGUGUAAAAUGUUCCAAUUAUGAUGUGGACGGCGAGUGCUCCAGCAACUGUCCUACAGAAGGAUUUUAUUUGGUGAAUCAAAAAUGCCUUAAAUGCCAUCCUCAAUGUAAAACAUGCAACGGACCAACAGAACGAGAUUGUGCUACAUGCCGGAAUGUUCGGAUACAACAGGGUAGUGAAUGGGAAUGUAUAGCAGAAUGUCCGAAGCUAUAUUAUUUCGAUGGGAAUACAUGUUUGCCAUGCAAUGCAGUAUGCUAUGAUUUUGGUUGUACCGGUCCGGAAAAAGUGGCCGGCAAAGGUGGUUGCAACAAAUGCAAGCAUGCAAAGCGCCCUGAUACUGGCCAAGCACCAGUAUGCUUAUAUGAGAUAGGUGAACCAAGGGAUGUGUGCCGUGAUAAUAAACUAACUCAUUACUAUGCUGCCGCAUCAUCCAGCGAACUUAUUGCUGAAUUUGAAUGUGAUGAAUGCAGUGAAGAGUGUUUAACUUGUGCUGGUUAUGGUACAUCUGUGAAGCGACAUAAAUGUAAAUGUGCGCAUUAUUUAACAAAAACGAAUUCAGACAACGGUUAUUGUACAAUGAACUGUAAAAUGGAUUCAUUUAUGGUGCGCCCUAAAUCAAAUAAUGAAAUCGGUGAAUGCCAACGAUGUAAUGAACUAUGUGAUCUUUCAAUGGGUUGUACAGGUCCUAGUUCUGCAAACUGUACACGAUGUGCCAAAGCUGGCAUUUUAUUGAGCAAUAAGUUGAUUUGUCUAGAACGAUGUCCAGCUGAUUAUCCAUUUCUUACGACUGAUAAACUUUGUCAUAGUUCAGAUCCAGAAGCUUCUGCCUUGAAAAAGAGAAUGUACAUAAUCAUAAUCUGUGUAUUAUGCGCAGCUGUUCUUAUUGCCAUUAUAGCGGGUAUCACAAUAAAUUGUAUAAAAUACAAGAAACGAUAUCAACAGGAGCUUGAAAUGAAUCUACCAAGCAUUCCGGAUUACGAACUAACGGAUCUAUCGAUGAGACCAAACAUGACGCGUCUUUGCAUUAUUACCAGUGAAAAUCUUGAAAAGACGCAGCAAUCUCUUGGACAAGGCGCAUUUGGAACUGUUUUCUUGGGCUAUUGGUGGCCAAAGGGUAAGAACGACGGUGAAAAGUUGGCAGUAGCAAUUAAGGUAGUUCAUGAUGGUAGCGGUACAGCACAUCAAGAAAUGUUACAAGAGGCGGGUAUCAUGGCAUGUAUGCGACAUGAACAUUUGCUUCGGCUGGUUGGUGUAUGUCUUAGCGAUGGUAUGCAAAUUGUGACUCCAAUGCGACCACUUGGUAGUUUGAAGAACUAUCUUAAAAAACAUCAUCAGAAACUCGGCGCAAGAGAUCUCUUGUUAUACUGCUACCAAAUUGCAUCGGCAAUGGAAUAUCUCUAUAAAAACCGUUUAGUACAUCGAGAUUUAGCUGCGCGAAAUGUCUUAGUGAAACGAGCCAAUCAUGUUGAAGUGACCGAUUUUGGACUUGCUAGAUUGUUGGAAAAAGGAAAAAGUGAAGUUUUUGUUGGCGGAAAGGUUGCCGUAAAGUGGUUAGCACUCGAAAGUCUUGAGAAACAAAUUUACACUCAUUACACUGAUGUUUGGGCUUUUGGUGUUACUUGCUGGGAAGUGCUAACAUUUGGACAAACACCGUUCCAAAGUGUACCGCCGGAUCGAAUACGUCAACAUUUAGCAACUGGUAAUCGUUUAGAGCAGCCAAAUAACUGCGCUCAAGAAGUAUAUCAAACAUUUUUGCAAUGUUGGUUACAGAAUCCAGAAUCGAGACCAAAUUUUGUUACGCUUAAGGAGAAAUUCAAGCAAUAUUGCAAAGCACCCCAUCUUUACGUUCUGGAUCGUUUUUAUAAGCAACAGUUAGAAUCUGUAUUACUUGAAAAUCAACAUGAGAUACUCAACGGUCUAAUGAAUAGUAGCGAACUUUGCGAUCAGUUUAAAUUUUCUGAAGACACUACAGUUAUAUCUACUUCAGUGGAACCACUGUCACCAGCAACACCUUCUUGGGAUGCUGUUAAUAUACAGCAGAAUGAACGAAUGGGAAGCAGCGAUUCGGGACGUUAUCAAAGUGAUCCUGUACAUGACGGACGCACAGAAUUGAGUAUGGAUGAAGGGAAUUAUUUAAUACCAAGUAAUAAACAGUCGAUUUUAUACACUCCAGUUGUUGUUCGAGAAAAUGGAGAAACAGAGUUGAUGGAAAGUUCGGAAUAUUAUAACGAUAAAAUUGGUACUGAUUAUUACAAUCAAUUGAAAUCUGCAUCGCUGGAAAUGGAAAAUGAGGCGAAAUCAAUUAAAAUAACAACGUAUCAAAAUGAUUAUUAUUUUGCUGAGAACGAGACAUCAUUGUGA